AUGACACUAUGGCGGCUUCAGUCACGACUGCAGGUCCCAGUCUCUAUCCUCCGUCGACAAGCUUUCAGUUUUCUUAGCCGCCGAGCACACGGCAAAAACCCCAAGUCAGAGGGCGAGGACCGCUCUGCGCAGCGGGACUCCGGCGGCACGGAAGGCUCACCUAAACACCCGAUCCCCUCCAACCAGGCACACCCAACUCUUCAAGAUGGCAAGGACUCGCCCAUCGCCGAUUUCGAGGGUAAUUUGCGAGGUGAUCUGCCGAAAGAAGUACAGGAUCAUAACAAAGAGGUUGAACGCCGAAAUGAUCUCCCACACAAUCAAUUAUAUGAAAGAUGA